GUCUGUUGCUUAGCUGUGACGGUGCGCGCUAGCCAGUGAGUGCGAGUGUGUACGGCGAUGACAGUUUGCAAACAAGCGUGCGUGCCAGUGUGGAGCUGACGGGCGAUGCACAUAGACGAGGCGGGCGUGGAGCCGUGCAACCAGAGCGACUGGUGGGCGGGCGCGCCGGAGGAGGACGCGCUGUCGCUGCCGCUGGACGGCGACGGCGACGCGGCGGCCCUGUGGUCGGGCGCCUUCGUCCCGCCGCCGCCGCGGCCGCACUUCCUCGACGACUCCGCGGCGCCCGACGGGCUCACCACGUGCGACCUGUGCGCCUGGGCGUGGCGCGCGCGGACUCCCGUCUUCCCCACCGACGAACCACCAGAUAACGAGACGAAGCUAGGAUGGUUACUCACUCUCGCUAUCGUGUCGAUAGUAUCAGCAGCUGUUGGUGCCGUCGUUAUGGUCACCGUUCUGCAUUGUCGCAACAGACUGAAGAACCUGAGGUUUGGAGGCGUGUGCUCCUCCAGGUCGAGCCAAAGAGCGCGGGCGCCUGCGCCGGCAGCGCCAGCGGCGGCGGGCGCUGAGCUAGCGACGCGGCCAUCGCCGGGGAAAGUGGCGCCCUGCGAGCGCGAGCGCGCCUGCCGCGAGAACCACUACACGCUGCACGAGGACGCCGUGUACGCGGAGCUUGACCGCGACUCGACCGCCUUCCACAACGGCGCCUACACCGGCUCCGACACCGAGCCCAGCAGCGCCUACUACUCGGACUUGUCGGCGGCCGACCGCGACCGCCCGUACGAGGCUGUCGCCUGGGAAGGCCAGCCCAGCAGGCCGGCUCUCUCGGCCAUCACCGAGACCCUCACCGUGCCUUCAGACUACGUCUAGCCCACAGCUGCCGAUUCUCUUGCAACGUUAGAUAUGAGGAGGGCUUCAAGACAACGGAUGAAGCUCUUCUAGUAUCAACGAGGUCUGGCAGGGUUGCCCUGGAGCUUACAUCAGUGCAGACAGCUCUUGUCAUGCUGCAGUUUUUUUUUU